AGUUUGUCAUGUAUGAGAGUCAGGUUGUCAUGUAUGAGAGUCAGUUUGUCAUGUAUGAGAGUCAGGUUGUCAUGCAUGAGAGUCAAGUUGUCAUGUAUGAGAGUCAGGUUGUCAUGUAUGAGAGUCAGGUUGUCAUGAAUGAGAGUCAGGUUGUCAUGUAUGAGAGUCAGGUUGUCAUGUAUGAGAGUCAGGUUGUCAUGUAUGAGAGUCAGGUUGUCAUGAAUGAGAGUCAGGUUGUCAUGUAUGAGAGUCAGGUUGUCAUGUAUGAGAGUCAGGUUGUCAUGUAUGAGAGUCAGUUUGUCAUGUAUGAGAGUCAGGUUGUCAUGAAUGAGAGUCAGCUUGUCAUGUAUGAGAGUGAGGUUGUCAUGUAUGAAAGUCAGGUUGUCAUGCAUGAGAGUCAGGCUGUCAUGUAUGAGGGUCAGGUUGUCAUGCAUGAGAGUCAGGUUGUCAUGUUUGAGAGUCAGGUUGUCAUGCGUGAGAGUCAGGUUGUCAUGUAUGAGGGUCAGGUUGUCAUGUAUGAGAGUCAGGUUGUCAUGUAUGAGAGUCUGGUUGUCGUGUAUGAGAGUCAGGUUGUCAUGUAUGAGAGUCAGGUUGUCAUGAAUGAGAGUCAGGUUGUCAUGCGUGAGAGUCAGAUUGUCAUGUAUGAGAGUCAGAUUGUCAUGCAUGAGAGUCAGUUUGUCAUGCAUGAGAGUCAGGUUGUCGUGUAUGAGAGUCAGGUUGUCAUGUAUGAGAGUCAGAUUGUCAUGUAUGAGAGUCAGGUUGUCAUGCAUGAGAGUCAGGUUGUCAUGUAUGAGAGUCAGGUUGUCAUGUAUGAGAGUCAGGUUGUCAUGUGUGAGAGUCAGGUUGUCAUGUAUGAGAGUCAGGUUGUCAUGUAUGAGUGUCAGGUUGUCAUGUAUGAGAGUCAGAUUGUCAUGUGUGAGAGUCAGGUUGUCAUGUAUGAGAGUCAGGUUGUCAUACGUGAGAGUCAGGGUGUCAUGUAUGAGAGUCAGGUUGUCAUGUAUGAGAGUCAGGUUGUCAUGUAUGAGAGUCAGGUUGUCAUGUAUGAGAGUCAGAUUGUCAUGUGUGAGAGUCAGGUUGUCAUGUAUGAGAGUCAGAUUGUCAUGUGUGAGAGUCAGGUUGUCAUGUAUGAGAGUCAGGUUGUCAUGUAUGAGAGUCAGGUUGUCAUGUAUGAGAGUCAGAUUGUCAUGUUUGAGAGUCAGGUUGUCAUGCGUGAGAGUCAGGUUGUCAUGUAUGAGGGUCAGGUUGUCAUGUAUGAGAGUCAGGUUGUCAUGUAUGAGAGUCUGGUUGUCGUGUAUGAGAGUCAGGUUGUCAUGUAUGAGAGUCAGGUUGUCAUGAAUGAGAGUCAGGUUGUCAUGCGUGAGAGUCAGAUUGUCAUGUAUGAGAGUCAGAUUGUCAUGCAUGAGAGUCAGGUUGUCAUGCAUGAGAGUCAGGUUGUCAUACAUGAGAGUCAGGUUGUCAUGUAUGAGAGUCAGAUUGUCAUGUAUGAGAGUCAGGUUGUCAUGCAUGAGAGUCAGGUUGUCAUGUAUGAGAGUCAGGUUGUCAUGUAUGAGAGUCAGAUUGUCAUGUAUGAGAGUCAGGUUGUCAUCUAUGAGAGUCAGGUUGUCAUGCGUGAGAGUCAGAUUGUCAUGUAUUAGAGUUAGAUUGU